AUGCUCAUAAGGAUAGCGCAACUGGCGCUGCUGUUGUGCUUUGCGCUGCUGGUACUCGGUGCAGAGGACUACUACAAGCUGCUAGGACUGAGGAAGGAUGCUUCCGAGCGCGAUAUCAAGAAAGCCUACCGCACUCUGAGCAAGAAGUUCCACCCAGAUAAGAAUCCUGGAGAUGAGACCGCAAGCCAGAAGUUCGUCGCAGUUGCCGAAGCCUACGAUGUCCUCAGCGUCGAGGAGACCCGCAAGAUCUACGACCAAUAUGGCCACGAUGGUAUCGAGCAACACAAGAAGGGCAACGGUCCAGGCCAGCGUCACGACCCCUUCGACCUCUUCUCGCGCUUCUUUGGUGGAUCAGGGCACUUUGGGCACCAGGGUGGGGAGCGACGGGGCCCUAACAUGGAUGUCCGCGUCGCCGUACCCCUGCGAGACUUCUACAACGGACGCAAGACCGAGUUCACCAUUGAGAAGCAGGCUAUCUGCUCUGCCUGCGAAGGCUCUGGCUCAGCAGACGGGCAUGUCGAGACUUGCGGUACCUGCGGCGGACGUGGCGCGGUGAUCAGGAGACAACAGCUGGCGCCCGGACUUUUCCAGCAGGUGCAGAUGCAGUGCGAUGCCUGUGGCGGUAAGGGCAAGACAAUCAAGCAUCCAUGCUCGGUCUGUCACGGCAGCAGAGUCGUUCGCGAAUCUGAGACACACGAACUCGACAUCGAAAAGGGCAUGCCCAAGGGCGUGCACAUCACGUACGAAAACGAAGCAGAUGAGAGCCCCGACUACGUUGCUGGAGACUUGAUCGUCCACCUCAUCGAAGCAGACGCAGCUCUCGGCGCGCAGGAUCACGAACGCACAGAUGGUACCUUCUUCCGCCGCCGAGGCCCAGACCUGUUCUGGCGGGAGGUGCUUUCGCUGAGGGAGGCGUGGAUGGGCGACUGGACGCGCAACGUCACACAUCUGGACGGACACAUUGUCAAGCUGUCUCGCAAGCGCGGCGAAGUUGUACAACCCAAUACGGUCGAGAUCUUGAAAGAGGAGGGUAUGCCCAUCUGGCACCAGCAGCUCGAGAACAACGACGGGUUACAGUACGGUAAUCUGCAUGUCGAGUAUGUUGUUGUGCUGCCGGAUCAGAUGGAGAAGGGUAUGGAGAAGGACUUCUGGGCUGUGUGGGAUAAGUACAGGAAGAGGAGCGGUGUCGUCCUCGAUAAGGCGCUGAACAGACCGGAAGGCGAGAUCAAGAUGCCGGGUGCGGAUGGGCAUGAUGAGCUAUAG